AUGUCGGCACUGAUCAACACAGAUUUCCCCAGCUUGACUCUGUUCUCCAAGGGAAAAGUACGAGAUGUCUACUUGACAUCGUCGCCCGAUCAUCUACUGUUUGCUGCAACAGACAGAAUUUCAGUUUUCGAUGUUAUCUUGCGCAAUGGUGUACCAGAUAAGGGGAAGCUGCUCACGAAGAUCUCCCUCUUUUGGUUCGACAAGUUGAAGGACAUCGUUCCAAAUCAUGUUGUGACUGCCGAUGUCGAUUCAAUGCCAGAAGAGGUGCGGCAGUACAAAGAUCAGCUCGAGGGUCGUGUUAUGUUGGUGAAGAAAGCGAAGAUUAUCCCUAUGGAAGCAAUUGUCAGGGGGUAUCUUACUGGAUCGGCGUGGGCUGAAUACAAGAAGCAUGGGACGGUACAUGGAAUACCUCAACCAGCUGGCCUUGUCGAAUCGCAAAAGUUUCCUGAACCCUUGCUCACACCAUCAACCAAGGCGGAGCAAGGUGCCCAUGAUGAGAACCUUAGUCCCGAGCAAGGUGCCAAACUGAUCGGGGCAGACCUAUAUGCGCGCGUCUCUGAAAUCGCUCUGAAGCUCUAUAGCACAGCAGCAGCAUACGCUCACACCCGUGGUCUUAUUCUCGCGGACACGAAGUUCGAGUUUGGCCUCGUCUCUUCUCCAGGAUCUCCAGACGAGUUGAUCGUCGUUGACGAGGUCCUCACGCCUGACUCUUCGCGCUAUUGGCCACUCGAUCAGUAUGCACCUGGUGGACCCCAGCCAAGCUUUGACAAGCAGUAUGUAAGAGAUUAUCUGACGGGCGUGGGGUAUAGAAAGGGGCUGGAGGCGGGGCCCGAAGGCAAAGCAGGCGAGGGCUGGGAAGUCGAAGAGAGCGUGAUCGAGGGGACAAGAAAGAGGUAUCAAGAAGCUUAUCAGAUGUUGACGGGUGAAGUGUAAUUUAUAAGGAUAUAUAGACAGAUAGAUAGUGCUGUAGUUUCAACGAUAACUGUCUACAACGCACAUGCAGUAUUUUUCUCGUUAGCACUGACAAUGAAGUCAAUUCGUUGUCCAA